AAACUGUUUGUUCUAUUCUUUUUAACCCAAGCAUGAAAAUAAUCAAUUCCCAUGGAUUCAGUUUGCAUCAUAAUGGGUCCCUUUUCAUUUCCCAAGAACUAUAUUGGGACAAUUCUGACUUCAACCAUCAUCAUUGGAUGAUUUUGGAACACUAUAGGUUUGGUCACUUCAGCCACAUAAUAGUUUAGGCAAUACUCAUGACUACAAUUUAGUCUUCCUUCAUCUUUGAUCUGAACAGUACUUGUCGGCAGACUCAAUCAAAGACAUAGGCUUGACCUCCAUUUUACUGUGUGUGGAUCGGUUCUUAGAGCAAUUUGAUGAAGUCUGGAGACUGACAUAUACUCAAAUCAAAUAAUCAAAGGUUCUUGAGAGUCUCCAUUAUAUCUAGGGAAGAUCAAUGUCAUGAAGUAGAAGAACCAAGGUGUCUAUGCAUCAAAGUUGGAAACUUGUCCAGCAAUAUUUGUAUUUUUUUCAUCACUAGUUUUAGCGACAGUUUUAUAAGAUAUUUUGGAGUCCAACCAGAGUUAAAUUAAUGUCCAAAGGCCCUAAAAUGGUACAUCAUAUGUUAGGGUCCCUUUUCUUCUUUUUUUUCUCUAAACUUGUAUUUGGGAGAUUUUAGAGUUAUCUUCAGAUAAUUUCAUAGGGUGAUGGGAUUUACUAUCUUCCCUUUGCAUAGAAAAAACCAAGUCUCUGUUUAAUAGUGCAAAAUCAUUCAAUUGUCAUCAGCAGUGGAUUAUUAUUUUCUCAUGAAUGUGUGAGUUUUUUCAUCAGCAGCCUUAAUGCCAUAGUUCGGAGACAGUUUGGUAAGUGUGAUAUUUGAUCUGCAUACCUUUUGUUUCCAUAAGGUCAUCAAUGUCAAUUUAUCUUGGCAUAGUAUAUAAUAAUUGCUAUUCUACUAUCACGAGAAAUUUGUUGCAGUGGUAGUGACGGAAUUAUAGACCAAGUAAAAAAUUACCCUUCCUAAAAUUUGACUUUAGAUUUCUCUAGACUGAUGUUAAUUCAAGGAUUUUUAAGCCAAGUUAUUAAGAUAAUCUCUGCAGCGCCAGACCUGAUAUGCGAGUAGAGAAAUUGGAAGAAGAAAGAAUAUUUUGGUGAAAAGGUGGAAUUAGCUAAGCACAGGAAGUUGAUAUUAAUGAAUGGAUUCCUUAUAAACAUUUAAUAAGCUAGUCAAUUGGUGUGAUCGGUCAUUAAAAUUGUUUCCUUUUUUAUCUUUUAUUUUUUGGUUUUGUCUGCAAUAUGCUGACAUGUGAGCUAUUGUUGAUGAAGAACAUGAUGCACUGAUACUAAUCUAAUACAGGACAGGCGCAUUGAGGGAACAAAGAACAUGUAUUUCUUUAUUCGGGGAUAUGAUAGCCGUGGAGUUAAAAGGGGGAAGAUAAUAGAUGUGAAAUAAGUAAGAAAUGAUGAAUGUCUGACCGGUUUAGAGCGCCCGGGCGCGGUCCACGCACGCGGCUGAGCCUAAUCGCUACGUGCUCAGGGCGAGCGUCUGAACCAAAUCAGCCUUUGUUCGAACCGUCUCCGAGCCAUUCUAACGACAAGGUGGGCUAAACUAAACCAAAUCAAGCCCGAUCUAAACCCAACUUCCCCCUCCCCCAACCCCUGUGACGCCAUGGAAGGGACUUCUUUCCCGUGGAAGGUGCCCGGUGACGAUUGUCCUUCCUUUGCGUGAAAGGCGGCUGUCGAUUAUAAGUCGGCCCUCCUCCCUCCUACCCUCUCGGUGUUGCUCUCCCUGUGCCUCCCCGCCGACGCCCCUCUCCCGUGCUCAGCCCCCCUUCUCUCUCUCUCUCUCUCUCUCUUUUUCUCUCUCUUUCUCUCUCUCCCAAGCAGAGGGAGAUAGAGCACUCAGGCCGCCUCCUCCUCCCCCCGCUCCUCCCCCCGACAGCCCCCUUUCUCUAUCUCCCAGCCGCGAGAUCGCCGUGAAUUUGCCAUCUAGGGGGUUCUGAGGUCUUUGGAGAGGAGGAGAAGACGAUGGGGACGAGAGAAGUAUACGAGGAGAAGCUCCGGAGAGGCAAUCUACACCAUGACCCCACGAUUAAUCCUGGCUUAGGCUCUGCUCGUUGCCCCCGUUGCCUCUCUCUCAUAAACCCUAACUCAGAAAAAGAGGAAUGGACCAUCAACUCUGUUUUGCAUGAUGCAACUUUUGUGGCUGGUUCAGGGGCUGGUGUGAUGCUUAGUGCUGUCCAUGGGAUGAAUAUAGGGAUUCCUUUUGUUCAGAAGCAUGUAAAGGGGCCCAAAUGGCUGCAUUUUCUUUUUGUGAUUCCUCCACUGCUGUUGUAUUCAGGAGCUAGUGCAUCAUUAGGAGCUUACGUCGUUCCAAGGUUUGCUCAGCUCACUGUGACAUCUUAUUAUGCUGCUUCAAGUGCAUCACACUAUGCGGUAUCACGAGCCACUCGAUACAUCGAAGAAUCCCAUUCAUCUCAAUCUUCGAGAGAUGUCUAAAAUCCAUACUUGGGACCAUUUUGUGUUUUUUAACGUCGAAGAAACAUUUCCUUUAUAUAGAAUAGUUGGAGGAGUUUCUCUUUCUAUCCUUUUCCUUCA